CUGCUGGCCGGACUGGGGCUGGUGGGCAACUUCGCCGUGCGCUACCUGCUGCGGCCGCCCAGCGAGGCGGCGGAGCUGGGGGCGGCGGGGCUGCUGCUGGCCGCCUUCUCGGCGUCGGUGUGCAGCCUGCUGGCCAUCACGGUGGACCGCUACCUGUCGCUGUACAACGCGCUGACGUACCACAGCGAGCGCACGCUGGGCUUCACGUGCGGCGCGGUGCUGCUGAUGUGGCUGCUGUGCCUGGGCGUGGGGCUGCUGCCUCCGCUGGGCUGGCACUGCCUGCGGGACCAGAGCGCCUGCAGCGUGCUGCGGCCCGUCACCAAGGACAACGCGGCCGUGCUGGCCGUCACCUUCCUGCUGCUCUUCGCCCUCAUGAUGCAGCUCUACCUGCAGAUCUGCAAGAUCGCCUUCCGGCACGCGCAGCAGAUCGCCGUGCAGCACCAGUUCAUCGCCACGGCGCAGGCCACCUCCACCCGCAAAGGGCUCUCCACGCUGUCCCUCAUCCUCGGCACCUUCGCUCUCUGCUGGAUCCCCUUCGCCAUCUACUCGCUGGUGGCCGACUCCAGCUACCCCGCCGUGUACACGUACUCCCUGGCGCUGCCCGCUGCUUGCAACUCCCUCAUCAACCCCAUCAUCUACGCCUUCCGCAACCCCGACAUCCAGAAGUCGCUGUGGUUGGCGUGCUGCGGCUGCGGCCCCGCGCUCUCCUCCCGCACGCGGACAUCCAGCGACGUGUGAGAGCCUCUUCCUCUCCUCCUCUUCCUCGUCCUCCUCCCCGCGCUCCUCUCCCCUCCGCCGUCCGCGUUUCCCACCUGGAGGAUCCCCCCGCCCCGGGAGUGCCAAUGGGCAAAGGGGAAGAGGGGAAAAAAAUAGAAAAAAUAAGGGGGCGGGGGGCUUGGGGGUAGGAGAAAGAGAGAGAAAGGAAUCCCGAUGGUUU